AUGAGAGCGAAAUUACUCGUCUUCCCAAUACGAGGUAGGAACUGGUGCUUCACCAGAACCAUCGAUCACUCUCUCUCCGCCACCCCUGUUUCCUCCCAAUCCCCUUCAACCCUCAGAGACUUGUGGACCAAUGUGAAAGUGGCUGACAAACCCCUUAAUGCCAAAGCUGAGCUCUUUGUUGAUUUCAUCGCCAACAAGAUGAAUAAAGCUUGGAUUGGCUUGGAGACAGCGCCAGAUGGGUCUGUAAAGAAGAAGAUUCAUGGGUUGGGAUUGUGGCUCUUGUCUCGGGUUAAGCCCUCGGAGAUAUUUUUGAAAUCUAUAUCCAAAGAAAUCACUAGUGUUGAAGUCAUUUACCCAUCGAGUUUGAAUGCUGAACUUGUUCGUCGAAGACUACGACAUGUUGCUAUGAGGGGAUCGAUUAUUCACCGGAAGUACUUCUAUGGUUCUGUUUCAUUAAUUCCAUUGACUUCUGCACUUAGCAUUUUACCCUUGCCUAAUGUGCCAUUCUUCUGGGUUUUAUUUCGCACUUACUCUCAUUGGAGAGCCCUGCAGGGAAGUGAGAAGCUUCUUCAACUGGUCUCAAACAGCAGCAAAACUUCAAAAACACGAACGGAUAAAAAGGAAGCUGAGGAUAAGGAAUCUAAAAGUCAAAACCACAAUGAUUCACAUUGGGUGUUGCGGUCAUCUAAAGAACUAGACAAUCUUCUUCAUUUAGAAGAUGGGGAUGAGCAUGAGGGACUUAGUAAAUUUACCAUCUUGAAAAUCUGCAAGAUCUAUGACUUGAACACCACAGAUGUUAUAAAAUACGACAAGUCUUCCUGA